CUCUGUAAAUUUUUUCUGUCUUUACUUUUUACUAUUUUUUACAACAAUAUUCAAUAAAAUUUAAAACUGCAGAAGUAAUUAAAAAAUAUUUAAAUUUGCUUUGAUUAAGAUCGUAAAAUUCACUCCAUUUCACCCCAUCCAACCCCCAGCUUGUUGAACAUCGUGUCGCAGUCCACCGAUUGACUUUAUUUUAAUUAUAAAACCUGUCAGUGCACACUUCUCUUCCCGGCAACUUCAUUUAACAAUGCCACUUCCAUAAUCCGUAUUGUCAAUAUCAAGUCCUUGCGGAACACCACUUGCUAAUAAAUUUCAAACCUGAGACUAAUUAUAUUAACACAUCAAACAAGUAUUUUGAAAUACACGCGGCAAGGUCACAAUUUUUGUUUUUUCAAAAAUUUUGAUUUUUCUACGACUACUUGUAACUUAUUAAGUUAAAUGCUGGAAAGAUCAAGAGAAUGGUGAUGUUUGUGUUUGCAUUGUGAUUUACCUAAUUCAGGAUAGAUGAAGAAGAUGGGUCAAAAUGAGUCAAAAGUGAAACUCCAGCAAAUAACCGACUCUUUGAAUCGGAUCAGAAAAGACCUAAGAGAUGGUAAAAUAACAGCAAAUGACGCUGAACGUAUUCAGGGGUAUUUAAACCGAUAUUCGAGCGAAAUCGACUUGAAUCUAGCUCGAAAAGCGAGAGCAAGUGACAUUUACACAGCUGAACAACUUAUCGAAAUAACAUCCAAAGAACUAGACGCUCUGAAACAAGAAGUCAAUCUGGACCAAGCUGCAGUCCCCACCAAUUCUUUCAGUCGAACUUCAUCAAAAAAAUAUUCAAAAGAAAAAGAGAAAAACGUCAAGUCAAUCAUUGCCUCAAUUGAACAAAUUCGAGAAUUGAUAAGAGAUGGACAAGUUGCACAGCAGGAUUUUGAUAAACUCCAAGCACGUCUUGCAGACUACUCCCAAAGACUCAGCUACAUUUCGAAAAAAUCUAAAAAACAGGAAGCUGAAACGGCUCAAAAACUCGCGUCUUCUGCCACUGCCGAACUGUUCCAAUUACAAGAGCAAAAGAAUUCUGAUAUUGUGAGAGCUUCAACGACUCCCCCAUCGCAAAGAUCGUCCAUAAAACGACCCAAAAUUGCCAAUAGAAACAAUUCCGGGUCUUUGUCAGACAUAGAAACUAAACUAGAAGCCUUGAAGAGUGAUGUUAAAGUUGCCGAAACCAACAAGGACAAAAGUCGGCUACAUUUCUUGUCCAAAUCGGUUCAAACCUUGAUGACUGACCUCCAGAUGGUCAAUGUCAAUAACCAGAUCAUAAACGAGGAAAGAAAAAUGCUUUUGGAGAAAAACUUGAUUCGUUUACACCAACAAAUCGAUAGAUUGAAACGGCAGUUGAACACUGAAAGUAAUAUAAAUUAUUUAGCUGAGUUGCAACAGAAAGAAAAAAAGGAAAAGUAUCUCCAGGAUUUGGACGAUAUUGAAACGUCGGUGUUGGCAAUAAGUCGCAAUUUGUCAAGUGUGAAUUUCGAAUCAGAGAAGGAAACUUUUAACAAAUACAAAACCCAACUCAAUUCCAUUGAAGAGUUGAGCCAAGAGAUCGGUUUAAAGAAGCGUCAGGUCGCAGAUGUGAUUCUCAACAUUGAGAAUAUUUUCACACGACUUCAAAUGGAAGACCGGUUAAAUAAAGCCGAAUUCCAGCAUUUUGAAACCCGAAUCGAUUUGGAAAAAUUUGCUGAUACUUCUGCCAGUGAUGUGUAUAAGAAACACCGGCAGUUUUUAGAACAAUUGAGGGACUACGUGAGCAAAAUUUUGGACAUUGGUGAAACAGUUACGGAAAAAAAGAAAUACGUCUUGUAUAACAUCAGUAAUAACAUUGUCGCUCUUGACAAGAAAGCGUCAGAUAAUGAAGAAAAGGACGAAUUUGUGGUUUUGAGGAAAAACACGAAUUUGUUGAGCGUUUGUCGAGAAGUUCCUGCAACGAGAGAAAUGAAAGAGAUUUUGGCCGAAGCUAAAGCCAUUAUUGAGCAAAAACUGAAACUGGUUCAAAGAGACAGUUCUGAAGCCCAGUUGGUCACAGUCAAAGAGAAUUUUUUACAACCGGUGCAAAAUUCUCAAAAUUCGGGUCGUUCCCAAUUAAAGAAUAUCCAAAAAGAGGUUGAAGCCUUGCAAUUGCAUAUCGAAAAUUCGCGAUACACGAGAGAAACACAGUUGUAUAAAGAUUUGAAAGCAAAAUUGAACGAUUAUAAAAGCGAUGUGACAAAUUUGUCCACUCAAGGCGACGAUGGAGGCCGUUUUGCUGAAAAUCUCCUCAAAUACAUUGACAAUGUUUUGCUACUUUUGGAGAACAAUUUAUCGAGUCGCAAGAGCACUACUGAGGAUAUUUUGGUCGAUAUUAUGUCGGUUAGUACAAGAGUGAACGAUUUGGGGAGCAAACUUCAAGGUUUCACAAACUCCAUCCAAAAUUUUGACUCAAUCAAGAGUAGUCUACUAGAGCAUCAACAGUAUUUGAGGAACCUUGAAAUAUCGCAAAACCGUUCAAGUUUGUGCAAGUCUCGGGACGACAUUUUACAGCAAAUUGAGGGGUAUUUGAGAAAAUUGGAAGACUUGAAGAACACUAACCCCAAUUGUGGUACAGAAGAAGAAAAAAAGUUUAAUCAAGAUUUGAGGAAACUCAAGGAGAAAGUGAACCGAUACAGUGGUACUUAUAAGAAUGUCUUGUACAAUGCUAUUGAACGUGAUUUAGACCGGCAUUUAACCAACGUUGAUAAGGUUUUCAAAGAUACGAGUGUUGCCCUCAAGGUAAAACGCGAUAUUGAAAACAGCAAAAUGAUCCUCGAGCAAAAGUCCAACAACGACCAGAAUUACACCACCAUGAAAGGGAAGGAGUUAACCGAAAUUCGCCAAAACCUUGAAAAUGUGAAGCAAGAGUUGACCAAAAUUCAACCCUUGACCAAGGAAGAGUUAGACCAACUUGAUGCCAGACUGACUUUAUCAAUUCUUGCUCUGGAUAACAUCAAAGACGAUCAUUCCAGCGAACGCGACCAGUUGUACAAAGAAAUCAAAUUCUAUUUUGCCCGAAUCCAAGAACUGCAAUUGGUCCCAAAACCACAUUCUGUCCUAGUUGAAGACUUGCAACAGAAGCAAAUGGAGCAGCAACAACUCGCUGCGAGAAUCAUCGCCGAAAUUGAGAACGAAUUAGAGGAGGUUAAGCCUCAAAUCCUUAAUUUUGUGGGCUCGGAAACAAGUCAAAAAUUUUUCCAACUUGAUGAGACUCUUGUCAACGCCACUAUGCGUCUCGAUGAACUCAACCUGGACCAAACCAGUGAAUUGCAUCACUUGAAGGUGAAAUUAAUGCGGGAUAUUCAGAAAUAUAGUGAGCUUCUGGACGAGAGGGUGAGACAAGCCGAGGAAAUUGAAAAGUAUGAGAAGGAGGUGCAAGUUAUGUUGAUCAAAAUUGAUUCGUUUAAUGGGUAUUUUGGGGACCCUGAGUACACUUAUUUGGAUGAGGAGAUAAUUCGGCUUAAAAUCAAUUUGGGGAAAUUGCGAGUCAACCAGGAUUUGGUGGCAAGGAAAGAGGAGUGUAUGCGAGAGAUUGAUGCGUGUAUGAAGAAGCUGGAUGAGGCUGCCAAGACACGAAGUGAUGCUUUCGGUGGAACGCUAGUGUAAUUAAGUGCCGUUGAAAUAAAUUUAUUAUUAAUUGGACGCUUAA